CGAGCAAGGAAUCGAUGUAUCAUCCGAACACCAAUAUAAUUGUAUGAUGUCAAGCUUAAUCAUCGCUAUGUGUAUAUAAUCUUACAUAAUCGAUAUCUAAAAUAGAAUUUUUUUUAAUUAUGAUAACAUCUCCUAUUUUAUGUGUUUAACGACAAGUUUAUUAUCUGCAUUGUACUAAAUGUCAUCGCGAUUACUUCAAGUAUUUCUUAGCAAUAUUUAGUAAACUAAUAUGGGAAAUAAUGAGGAUGAGUUUACUUGGAAAAAAACAGAAUAUAAAUUAAAGUUUGUAAUAGAUAAUCCGAAUUUCGUUUUACCCCAAGUCGUUCGCGUAAUUCAAGGUUAUAUGGUUGAUGAAGACGAUGCUUUAGCUAGCGGACAAAUAUUAAUACUACACGGUAAAAAACAAACUGUCAAAGUUUUUGGAAAAGACGAAAACGGAAAAUGUGUAAAUAUUCCUUUAAAUUGCCCAUACGAAGUAAAACUAAUUUCACUUGGCGAACGUUCUCCGUACACUUGCAUUGGUGAUAUAUGUAAAAAAGAAAAAAUUCCACCUUUACUAAAAACUAAUCAAGAUAUAACACUACCCGACGGAACGCAUAUUGCUUCUAAUUCACUUAUUGAAACUAAAAAUAAAGUUUUUUCAGAAUCUGAAGAUUUGAUUGGUCUUUUAUGUAGUGCGGAGGAUGAUGCAAAAUCUUUUAUAUUGCCAUCUUCUUUAAAAGGAUUGUUUAUAGAGUGUAUUUCAAAAGACACAUCCUCAAAAAGUUUUUUGUUAUCUGAAGUUAUUAAAGAAUACGGUUUACCUAUCGAAAUUCAGUUUACUCCUGUUUCAGAUAAAAAUUGCAGCUACGGUCCCCAUCUUGGUCCAUUAAAACUUGAUGAAAAAAAUAUAUAUAGUUCCGUUUACGCUACAUCAGUUAUUGAUGGUGUUAGGUAUGCCAUGACUUUUUCUGCAGAACUUCCUGUUACCGUUCAGGUAUCAACAGGUGUAAAUGAAAUGCGUGCUUAUGCAUCUAAAAAUAAAAUUAAUUUAACAAAGUUUGAUUACGAUGAAACUGAUCCAUAUUCUUUAUUUACUAUAAAAAAUCAAGUUAGUGAUGAAGCCAAGUACACACCAAGAACGCGUAGGCAAAAUAGUACAAUCAGCAUAAAAACUUAUAGAAGUUGCCCUGCUCAAAUAACUGGACAAACUCAAAAAGCCGUAUCUGAUACAUCUGGAAAACGAAACAAAGGAACUGAACUUAGUAAAGAUUUUGAAAAACUAGUCAAAGCUAAAUUUGGAUUUAACAAGUUAAGACGUUCAAUGUCAAGGUUUCGCGAUAAAAAUCCUGUUAAACAAACCGUUUCUCAAAGGAGUAACAGUAUAGAUUUUGAUAACAGAUCCUCAUCAAUGACUAGUGAAGAUGGUAGUUCUAGUACAGGAGACUACUCAGUUGACGUGACAUCUACAGGAAGCGGAAGCAUCAAUGGUUCAUUUCAACAUAUUAUUGAAUGUAUGGACGCACUUUCCACAAAUCACCACAUGAGUAGAACGCCAUCAAUAAAUAGACAUUCUAGAAAAAGCAGUAGUGAUUCUGGAAUCUGUGUACGUGCCAGAAAACAACAAAACUCUUACAACAAAUCUAACUAUAAUAAUCAGGACAGAUGUGACUCGGACAACAUUUCUCAAUGGAGCAUUAAAUCACAGACUAAAAAUGUUCCAACUGCAGCAUACCUUUGGUCAUCAGAUGGCGAUGAUCAAAAUAAUAACAGUAAAGUAUCUGAAGUUGAACAUAGUUCUGAAAAACAUUUUAUACUGAAAAAUACACAUGAAAUUAAUGCUCCGAUAGAAAGUUCCCCUCUGACUACGACACGCGUUGCCAGCAUGGAAGAGAUUCGAAGCCUAAGCGAAGAAGGUGUAAUGUUUGUUUUAGAUACUUUAAAACUUUCUGAAUUUAAAGAUACAUUUCGUAAAAAUCAAAUCAAUGGCGAACUGUUACUCUGUUUAGACCAAGAUGAACUCGUAAGCGAGUUAAAACUCUCUUUAUUUCAAGCAAAAAAGUUAAUAAAUUACGUUAAGGGAUGGAGACCGCAAUGCGAAAACCUAGAACCCAGUGAAAUAUCACGAAGAAUUAGCUUAAAUCCAAAAAUAUGGUCAGAAAACGAUGUUUACACUCAUUUAAAAACAAUAAAUCUUGCCGAUCUUGGUGACUUUUUGCGUUUAAACCAGGUUAACGGUGAACUGUUACUUAACAUUCUCGACAAAGAUACUUUAUUAUCUUUGCAAAACGAUCACGCCAUAAAAAUAUCUAGCUUAGAAUCAAAAAAACUAUUAAACUUCGUUGUUAAUGGAUGGAGACCUGACAGUUUGCAAAAAAAGACAGCGAAAUUAGUUUAAUUAAAGUUGGUUUUAUUAUUUAAAAAUAAAUUUGUAUUGUUAAAGAGUGAUUUAAGUAUAAUUUUUUAUUUAAAACAUUUGUUGGUAAUCUUUUAAGUUUAUAGAUUUUUAUAAACUGAUUAGAUUUAUACCGGUUGGCUAAUUUAUUUAUAAAUUGAAUGGA